AUGGGUGUCCAGCCAGUGAUUUGUGUUGGUGAUAUUGAUACAUCAGAUCUUGAUUUAUAUUUGAAGUGUUGUAAGGAUAUCAAAUCAUGUUAUUCACUCGCAUUAUCCACGAAUUCUCAUACUAAAAUAGUCGUACUUAUUCUUAACCAAAUGAAUAUUAUUCAAAACGAGUUUAUGCAAAAGAUACUUGAAUUAAAUAACGUUAUUAAAGUUUGGAUUAACGUUAAUUUAGUCCAUCUGUCUGAUAAUGAUGUAUGGUUACAUAAACUUAAUACCACAAAUUAUGAACCAGAAACAUGGAAAAUCUUCGUACUCAAUUGUGUGGCUACAUAUAUUGUUGAACAAGCACAAAAUAAUUCACUCGAUAAGAAGGCUCUAAGGGCUUGUAACCAAUCGGGAUUAAGAUUGCAAAAUGACAAUAUUCCUGCAUUAGGACCCCAAUCUUCCGAUAACCAAUCUGGAUUAGGAUUUCAAACCGACAGUAUUCGUGCAUUAAGACCCCAAUCUUUCGAUGACCAAACGGGAUUAAGAUUGCAAAAUGACAAUAUUCUUGCAUUAGGACCCCAAUCUUCAGGUAACCAAUCGGGAUUAGGAUUGCAAAAUGAUGUUUUUCCUUCAUGGGGAUGCCAAUAUUCCGGUAUUUAUUGGUCCUAUUUAGCGCACCUUAAGCAUGGACGAAAACUUACAAAUCCAAGUUUGCCAGCAACCUGUCAGUUGGACAUUAAACUACAAUUGCUAACGAAAAGACAAUUGUCUCACCCUACACCGAAAGGUAUCUGGAUACUGUCCGAUAAAGGAUUUGAAAGGGAAUUGCUGCAAUUAACUGUUUUCUGUAAAGAGAAAGAUAAUGGAUGCAAUUGGACUGGUGCCUUACGAGACUAUCAAGUAUUUGAAAAAGAUGAACAUCUCGAUAAUACACAUAUAACAAGCCAUAACUGCGAACAUUGCAACGCAAAUUUUCCAACUAAAUAUGCAUUGGAUGACCAUAAAAAAGAUUCAUGUAUGAAAAUAUUGAUAUCAUGUCAGUUAGCCGAACAUGGUUGUUCAAAACAACGAUUUCUACGAUCUGAUCUUGGUGUACACUAUUUAACUGAAACCCAUCAAAUAUGUUUACAAUCUGUUCUUGAAGAAAUCAUGAAAUUAAUUCAAUCCCGUUUUAAUGGAACUGACAGGGCUGCCACAAAUAGCACUUCUAACCAGUUUAAUCUAUCAUCGUUAAUAUCAACUGCGGACACUACUUCAUCAUCGACAAGUUCAGCCAUAAACUAUUUUUACUCUCAACUUCAACAACUUUACGAGUCAUUGACAACUGUAACAAAAAACUUUCAACCCUUAAACGAAGAUUCAAUUCGUUUGAGUACUGAAUCCUUACGUCAACAAAAUUUAUUGCAAGCAUGUCAAAACGAAAUAAAUCUAAUUAAACAAUCAAAAGCUGAAAUAGACUCGUAUAUUGCGGGUAUUGAACCGAAUCACGAAAUAUUACUACAAGAAUUAGCAAGCUUAAAACAGAAAGUGGAAGAUUUACAAUCGAUCAGCUACGAUGGAACUCUUACAUGGAAAAUUUCUAAUGUUUCCGAAAAAAUGGCUGAUGCUCAAUCGGAACGACAAACAUCUAUUUAUUCACCAGCAUUCUACUCGUCUCCUACUGGGUACAAAAUGCGUAUUCGCCUUUAUUUACACGGAGAUGGGAAUGCUCGUAGAACACAUAUGUCUCUCUUUUUUCUUAUUAUGCGCGGUCCAUUCGAUGCGAUUUUGAAAUGGCCUUUCGAGUUUAAAGUGACAUUUUGUCUCUUCGAUCAAUCUGGACAACAACGACACAUUAUUGAUUCGUUCAGGCCCGAUACAAAAUCAAACAGUUUUCAACGACCCAGAAGCGAAAUGAAUAUUGCCUCAGGAAUACCAAAAUUUUUUCCAUUACCGAUGAUAUUACAAGAUGAUAAUAAUUAUAUCAGAGACGACACUAUGUACAUUAAAUGUUUAAUUGAUUUUGGUGAUAUAUCGAAGAUAAUUCUUCCGUAUGCGCUCAGUUUAAACCCCGCAUUACCUCAUCAUGUUCAACGUAAUAUGAUACGAGUAGAAACUGAUCGACGAGUACAACUUCAACAACAGUCCGCAUCAUCGACUACUGUAACUAACAACAAUAACAGUGGUCAAGUAAACAUCAAUAAAUUUGUCAAUAAUACAAAUUCGCAAACAAUACAAUUGCUUCACAGUAUGAGUAAUAGUCAAUCGAUGCUGGAAGAUCCGAACCAUGCAUCAAUGUUAACAGGGCGGUCGUUAGCACAGCAGCACGUGACUCCUAAAGAGCAGCCACCUCCAUCAAAGAAAAAAAAGAAAGAUGACGGCGAUGAUAUGACGGAUGACGUUAUGAACGAAUAA